CGCACAGUAGCAGCCCUCAUCUGAUCUGAGACGCACCCUAAACACUCUCAAACGCAAACCCUAAACACUCUCAGCCCUUAAGAGCUGUCUACAAUCCAAGCUCGCGGAUCUUCGUCCAAGCUCGCGGAUCUUCAACGAACGACUUUCGAAGGAAGCAUUGUAAUAAAUCUGUAUACUUUGCACACUGCACAUCCGAGAUGAUAUUUAUCUCACCUCUCCCAAGACGACGUCGUGGAGCGCGACUCCCUCGUCCACUGCUGUUACAUCGCCCUCGGCCAGUUGCAGUUCGUCAUCUCUGAAAUCAACGACUCCGCCCCCACUCCUCUCCAAGCCGUCAAACUCCUCGCCCUCUAUUUCUCCUCUCCCGACAACAAGGAAUCCGCCAACUCCAGCCUCAAGGACUGGCUCGCCGAUCCCGCCAUCGGGAACAAUGCCACGCUCAGGCUCGUCGCCGGCCUCGUCUUCCUCCACGAGAAUGAUUUCAACGAAGCCCUCAAAUACACCAAUGCCGGUGGAACCAUGGAACUGCAUGCGCUGAAUGUUCAGAUCUUCAUUAAGAUGCAUAGGUCGGAUUACGCGAAGAGGCAGCUGCGGAUCAUGCAGCAGAUGGACGAGGAUCACACUCUCACGCAGAUCGCCAAUGCGUGGCUUGAUUUGGCUGUGGGUGGGUCGAAGAUCCAGGAGGCGUAUCUGAUUUUCCAGGAUUUGUCGGAGAGGUAUCAGUCCACUAGCUUGCUCUUGAAUGGGAAGGCUGUUUGCUGCAUGCACAUGGGCAAUUUUGAUGAGGCUGAGACCUUUUUGGUUGAAGCACUAAACAAGUUAGCUAUGGUGAACCCGAGGUGGUUAGUAAUUCACAAGCUUAAGCUCGCACACUUUGUAGACAAAAUUGGAAAAGAGUGGGUUUUCCUCACUGUUGGAGAAGCCGUAGACGCAUGUCUCUCUUCCAAAAUUGCUAAAGCUUGAUUCAUAUAUGAUAACAUGUGUCUGUGCACUGACUCUAUAUAUAUUGCACAGGGUUUGGGUUUUGUUUAAAAUGUUGGUGCAUAACAUAAACUUAUGUGAAACAUUUUGUAUUACACAAGCUGAACAUCUUUACCUAAAAGUGAUCAUGUCAUGCUGUAUGCACCUGGGAUGGGGGUUCAUAACCACCUUUUUAUACUAUCUCAGUUUUGGACAGGGAGUGGUGUUUUCUUUUGUAUGGCCACUUAUAUACAAUUCAAAUAAAGAUUUAGAUGUAAUUCAUAAGUA